UCCAUCGAACGUUCACGCACCAUCCUAACAACCUGACUCAAACCCCCAUCAAAUCCAUCGUGCCCGACUCGUCGUUCGAUCGAAUAAACGACACUUUCCCAAACUCCGCGAAGAUUCGAGCUUCGUUCUCGAAGAGGCUUACGUUGCUCGGUGUUUGGGCGGGCACGGAAGCCGAACGGCGAGAGGACGUGAAGCUAUUCUUAAAAUAGGGCUCGACUGAACGAAGCGAAUGAACGAGAGAAGCCGAUACGAAGGGUAGGGGUGAGGUGCGGGCCGCGUUGUACACGUUAACCAGAGGAAGAGGGAAAAGUAGAGUGGAAAGAGGAGAAUGUAGGCUUGGUAAGAGACGAGCGAAGAUGGAGAAAGAGAGGGAAAACGGCGUGCCUCGCGGGUCGCCGGCUCUUCUUCAGGGUCCGAGCUUCGUCCGAAACGAAGCGCCUCCGUACCGUUCUCCUUCUUCUUCUCUUAUGAGAACGUGCCGUCGGGGACGACGCUUCGUCGAACCGUUCGUCGUUCGAUCGGUUCUCCACGUUUCACCUCGUGCACCUCUUCUUGUCCCUCUUUCGGUCUUUCUUCAUCCAACUUUAUAGUCUCUAUUUCACUCUCGAGUUUCCUUUUAUAUAUUUUUCUAUAUCUUUCAUAAUCUUCUUUCCUAUUCUUUCUCCUUUUCCAUCCAGUUUUUUCUCGACUUCUUUCUUUUAAAAUCUUCUUCUUCUUCUUCUUCUUCUUCUUCUUUUCGAUCUCGAUAGGUGUCACGGUGAAACGAACGUGGUGCACGCUCCGCGUGGUGGUGCUGGUGCUUGGUGUUGGUGGUGGUGGUGGUAGUGGUGGUGGUGGUUCUUUUGGUGUUGUCGAUGGUGUCGGUGGUCGAUGGUGAUCGGUGAAUCGAGGGAGUCGUCGUCUCACUCUUGGAAUCCUUUCGUUUUCUCUUGAUCGAGGAGAAGAGAUUGCGCGAAUCAUGGCCUCCUACAGGAGCUAUGGUGACAGUGGCGCCUACCGAUCCAGAGUCAACGUUGGAAUCGGCGCCAGUGGUUUCGGGAGGACGACGACCUCGGGAGGAAGCGGCCUUCCGAGUUGCAGGAACAGCUACUCGACCGUCGGUUCCGGUUCCACCCGAUUGCCUGCCAAGGAGAGGGUUUCCGGAUUCGGGAAUGCGUUCCUGAAGAAAGACAAGCACGAGGAGAAAUCUAGUUUUAAAUAUCCCAGUAAUAAAGACGCCGACAAAGGUAGACUUCACCCGAGUAGGUCGUCGACGGAGGACGUGGGGGCGAAAAGUCCAUUAUCGAGCAGCAGAUCCUCCCUGUUCGAGAAGUACUCGUUUCCAGCUACUAAAACUUCAGAGAGGCCCGCCUCCGUUUUGGACAGAUAUAACCGUGCCACUUCCCGCGAGAAGAGCAGAGAGCCCGACGUGGUAUCGCGAUACGGAUCCAACACGUAUCCCGGAUCGAGCUUGGCUCGAACUUAUGGAAACGAGAGUAGGAUCGAGAAGAAAGAGAGGGCCGAUCAUCCGCCGGUUUCGUACCGUGGAUUACGGCCUAACUCGGGUAGGAAUUCUCGCGAGCCAAGCCCGGAAAUCAACGUUGGAAAAUCGAACUCGUUCAGAAUGUACACGAGAGCCCCCUCCUACGGUCGAUCCAGUGCCACUUCUAGUGCCUCCGAAUCGAGCUCGGCGCCAAUCUCCUCGAGAUUCGGCUCGACAGCUGGUAGCAGAUUCUUUUCAUCGAGAAGCAACAACGACCGAGUUCCGGCAGCUAUAAGCUACUCCGGAUCGGACAGGUUCCGAACUUCAGGCAGUAAGCCUAUGCCGGCGAAUUUGAAGGACGAGGAAGCCGCGAAAGCGAAAGAAACGACGCAAGAGAUAUACGCGAAAUCGGAAGAAUCGAAACUCGAGAACAGACUGAAAGACAAUGAGACCGUUACGAUGGUUACAAGGGGUACAUCACCGACUCUUCCGGCUUCUUCGUCCUUCGUGAGGAGCAGAAGAGCCGACAUAGGUAUCGCGAAUCAGAAAGAAGUGAGUCGGGUUCGAAAGAAAAUGGAGACAAAGGAUCAAGAGGUUCAGAGCGAGAGAUCGGAGGAUGGUUCGAGGUUCUCUCGAUUUGGAGGAGGAGGGCGAAUCUCAGGGGCACCGUGGUCCUCGUAUCUCGACAAAUUCUCGUCGAAUUCGAGCGGAAGUGGCGUUUACGCGAGAGGAUUCAACGGAAGUAACGCGACCAAUUCGAGGGUGAAUAGCUUCGCGUUCCCCAGAUCGAACGACGCCUCGAGGAACGAUUCUUCUUCUUCUUCGAAGGUGUCGCCUAGUUCUAGUCAAGAAAUUCAUGGGAAUAGAAAUCAAAACGAGCAGAAAGUAUUCGGCGGUUUGAGCUUCGGGAAAACGGAUUCGAAAACGAGCAACGAGCAACAAGGAAAUUCAAAUCAAAGGGAUCAGAUGGAGGUUAAAGCGAAUAAUGGUGAGAGUCGUGCGUGCACAGUUGGUAAGAGUGAAAGGAAAGGCUUGGCGAGCCCUUCGAUCUUGAAGAGAGAGGAUUCGCCGCAACAACAUGGUGUUCUCGCUAAGUCAUCGGAUUCUCGAGAGAGCGUUUCGAAAAGCGACGAACAGCAAAGUAGCAGGGAAAGUUCGACGUCGAAGAGCGAGAAUAAUAGUCAGAAGAGACCUUCGAUACCGAGAUUAGGUCGUAUCGCGGCGAAGAACGAAAGCAAGAUUGCGAAAUCGUCGUCGAAUUCGUCGAGCAAGUCGGAUGGACUGCGGGAAAGGAGGAGUUCGACGCCUAAAUCUGACGCUAGCUCAUUAUCGAAACUCGAUGACUCGUCUAGAAUAGUCGAGGGACAUUGUCAGGAACAGAGUAAAGAAGCCUCUACGUCUAAAAGUGAUAGUGUUUCACCUGCGAAAGAUUCUCUUCAAAGCAGUAAUUCGUCGCAGAGCAGAUCGACGACACCGCAAUCACGCAGCGGCUCGGCGAAAAAUCUGUCCCGCCAAACGACGAGAACCGACUCUACGGAAGGAUCCGCUGUAAAUGUGCCAAUUGGCAGGUCGAAAUCGUCGUCAGCCAGUUCGGUGACGAGUCAGGGUGCAAAAAUAAAGGCGACGCCGCCGCCAUCGCCGGGGAAGUCGUCCGUGUCGAGCGUUUCCUCAGUGAAUCUGAGACAAGGCGGUUCGCCGGAUGCUCGUGGCAAACCACCUGUGCCGAAGAGCGACGUCGCGUCGGCGUCCGGGUCCAAGGGCAUCGUGCAGCCCAAGUACGUGAACAAAGACUUCCGGAAGUCGACGUUGAACAUGGAGAACGGGGACCCCUCGCAGUCCAAGUACAGCAGAAAGAAGAAGAACGAGCGUAGCAUGUCCGUCAGCUCUCAAGAUUCGCAAUCCGAACCGAACUCCGAACCGAACAUCCACCGACCGGCCGUUCCUUCCGAAUCCAGCUCCGCCUCUGUGAAAUCGAACAGAUCGAGGCUGAGGCUACCGUCAUCCUCGCCCUCCAAGAGUGUGAAUAGAAAGAGCGAGUCGAGCAGUGGGCCUUCGAGCGUGGCCGAAAAAUCGGGGAGUCGCUCGAGAUCGCCAUCGGGGAAGAGGAGCAAGCGAGAGGGAAGCUCGAGUUCGAGCGCGAACAGCGAGGAUUCCUCGAAUUCGUCGAGCAGCGAGGAAGAGGAGGACGAUAAAGAGUCGAGGCCCGGAUCGAGGCCACGCAAGAGGAGAACGUCCAAGUCCCCUUUCUGCGAGAAGAAAGGGAAGAUGAGCGCUGGAUCGUCGAGGACGAGCGUGUUGGCUUCGUCCACCGACGAAAUGUCACUGACCAUGGAUAAACCGCCGAGACCACCGUCCAGCCCGAGAUCGAGGAGUUCGGGGAAAACCGAGGAGGCUAAAUCGUUUCUGAUGAGAGCCCUCGCGCCGGUCACGAAUCUUUUCAAGAAUAAGCACCAAGAUUCCAGCGAGUCGGGCAAAUCGGCCGGUUGGCCAGAUUCGAACGAGGAAAACGCGGACGUGAAAAAGUCGGAGCAGAACGGGACAACGGCGUCUCUAUCGAGAAGUCUGUCGAAAAGUUUCAGUUUCACGAACUCGGAGAAGAACGAGGACAGGAGACAGUCGUGUCAAGCUAGGAUCAGACGAAAUUUUUCCGGGGAACAGCCUUGGUGGAUGGAUCCGAACUCCGAAAACGUUCCUGAAGGUGUCGAAACGGGAAGCCUGUGCAACGACGAUAUUAGUCAAGAAACGACCGUCAGUAGUACCUUACCUGACGAUGGCAAAUUUAAAUACAAAGUGUGGAGACAAGAAUCGGAGGAGCGAGGCUGGUGGUUAGACUCGAACGACAGCGGGGCAUCGGAGGACGCGAGGAAGCAGUCGGCGACGAUUUCGAGACAAGAAUCAGGGGAGAAGGGUUGGUGGUUAGAUUCGAACGAUAGCGCUCCCUCGGAGGAAACGAAGAGGCAAUCGUCCUCGGUAGUUUCGAGGCACGAUUCGGAGGACAGGACUCGUUGGUUGGAUGGAAAUGACAGUGCUUUCUCGGAGGAGGUCAAGAAACCGUCGCGCACGGCUGUGUGGAGGCAAGAUUCGGAGGAAAGGGCAUGGUGGUUGAGCUCGAGCGACGCUGCGCCGUCGGACGAGUCGAAGAAACAAUCGUCGUCCGUGAUAUCUAUUUCGAAACGAGAGUCGAGCCGUUGCAGUACUCGAUCGAACGAGCGAAGAAAUCGAUUGAGACAUCAACAGUCCGGGGAGCAAGCGUGGUGGAUGAGCGACAAUCCUGAAAACGUACCUGAAGGAGUCGAAGUCAUUCCUACGACUCCUACGUCAAACGGUAAUACUUACAACGACGAGGUGGACGACAGCCAGCCGUACGGCAGAGGUGGAAACAAGGUCAGGCACAUUGAGUCGGGUGAGAAACCAUGGUGGAUGGACAGCACGUCGAACGUUCCUGACGGUGUAGUCAAGAUUCCUGUGGAAACGUCGAACAGUACCUCGGACUCGUCCGAAUCGUUCGAGAGAAUCGAUAUCGGUGUUAACCCUGAACCUGAGAUAUAUAAGAGAAGCCUCUCUAGAUUCCCUAUCGAGUUUCCGCCACCUCCGGCUGACGAGCCACUCGGGGAUCGUGCCAGUCCCGAAGGGGUGGAAAAUCCUCCCGAUCCGCCGGACAAUUAUGGCGGACGAGACUCGCCUUACGACAACGUGCAGCCAACAUCCAGAAGAUCAUCGCCAAAGAAACGUCCUUCCACGUUACCGUUGUUCAUCGGUCAGCACACCAAUAUCGACGAUCUGUUGGGAGACACGGCCACCUUGUGCCCAAGCCCGGUCCUGUCUCGUAUCCGUAAACGCGAACGCAUAGACGAGGAUUCGGGAGAAGAAAGUUCAGAAUGCGAAGAGAUCGACGCCACUCAAGUGAUCAUCCAUGACAGCACUCCGCAGACACCUGUGAUACAACGACGACAUCGGUACGUUUCAUGUCGAUAA